AAAGUUUGACUGCAAUCCUGACCACACUUACCUGGGAAUAAGCCCCAUUGAUUUCCUUCCUUCCUUCCUAAGAGAGGCUGGGAUGGUGAAGAUGAAGUCAACAGAAACAUGCUUGUUGUCUCCAUCUACAAUCUCUAUAUCAGUAGAUGUAGGACUCUGAUAUGGGUAUAUCCAGUAACCUUGCAGAAAUCAAUGGAAAACCCUGAAGUGGUGGUUGUAAGCAGCUGCAGUUCCCAUGAUGAUGAAAACGUUUACAGCUACAAGAGGCGCCCUUCAAUGUGUCAGGAGUUGCUUCUGGAAGAUCAGCUGAGAAGGAAACUUAAAUUUUUCUUCAUGAACCCCUGCGAAAAAUUCUGGGCCCGGGGGAGGAAGCCUUGGAAACUUGGGAUACAACUUCUGAAAAUUGUCAUGGUUACUAUCCAGCUGGUAGUGUUUGGGUUAAGCAACCAGAUGGUAGUGGAAUUUAAAGAGGAGAACACAGUGGCUUUUAAACAUCUCUUCCUGAAAGGCUACACAGACAGACUGGAUGACACCUAUGCAGUGUAUACACAGAUGGAUGUCUAUGAUCAGAUCUCUUUUGCCAUAAAUCAGUAUUUACAGCUGCGUACCAUAUCUGUUGGAAAUCAUGCCUACGAGAAGAGAGGAGCCGAAGAGACACCUAUGGCCAUAUGCCAAUACUUCUACAAGAGAGGAACCAUUUGUCCUGGAAAUGACACUUUUGAUAUUGAUCCAGAAAUUGAAACUGAAUGCUUUUAUGUGGAACCAAUGCUGCCCUUGGAAAACAGGACACUGGGGAAGAACAUUUUCAACUUCACUCUAGACUUCCAUAGACUCGUGACUCUGCAGCUCACAUUCAAACUGAAGGCUAUCAAUCUCCAGACGGUUCGUCAUCACGAACUACCAGAUUGCUAUGAUUUCACUCUGACAAUAGUCUUUGAUAACAAAGCACACAGUGGAAGAAUCAAAAUUAGCCUAGACAAUGAUAUUGCCAUCAAGGAAUGUAAAGACUGGCAUGUAUCUGGAUCACUACAGAAGAACACGCACUACAUGAUGAUCUUUGACGCCUUUGUCAUAUUGACAUGCCUAGCAUCCCUGGUUCUCUGCACACGAUCUGUGAUUAAAGGAGUUCGUCUGCAGAGGGAAUUUGUAUCUUUCUUCCAACAACAUUAUAAGAAAGAAGUCUCUUUCACGGAUCAGAUGGAAUUUGUGAAUGGCUGGUAUAUCAUGAUCAUAGUUAGUGAUGUUCUAACCCUAAUUGGUUCUACGCUGAAGAUGGAGAUACAGGCUAAGAGUCUAACAAGCUACGAUGUCUGUAGUAUCCUCCUGGGAACCUCCACCAUGCUCGUGUGGCUUGGAGUGAUUCGCUACCUAGGCUUCUUUCAGAAGUACAAUCUGCUUAUUUUGACACUACGUGCGGCUUUGCCCAACGUCAUCCGAUUUUGCUGUUGUGCUGCUAUGAUUUAUCUGGGCUAUUGUUUCUGUGGCUGGAUUGUGCUGGGCCCAUAUCAUGUUAAGUUCCGUUCCUUAAACAUGGUUUCCGAGUGUCUAUUUUCGUUGAUAAACGGAGACGACAUGUUUGCUACUUUUGCAAAGAUGCAGCAGAAAAGCUACUUGGUUUGGCUGUUCAGUCGGAUCUACCUCUACUCCUUCAUUAGCCUUUUUAUCUACAUGGUCCUGAGUCUCUUCAUUGCCCUUAUUACGGACACCUAUGAAACAGUUAAGCACUACCAGCAAGAAGGCUUUCCAGAGACAGAGCUCCGUGCAUUCGUAGCACAGUGCAAAGAUCUACCAAACUCUGGGAGGUACAGGUUAGAAGACGAAGGCCCUGUAACAGUCUUCUGCUGCUGUAAGAGGUCUUAAAGAGAAUAGCAAGAAUUCUUGAAUAUAUUCGGAGAUUCCUGGACAGCGCUCUCAUUACAGAUACUUAACUGAACCAUCAAAGAGAAAAUUCCUACACACAAGGCACAAAACACCCACAAAGGUCCUUGCAAGAUUAGCUAACUUUAAUUACUUCCUAGUGCAUUCAUUAGAACUUCAGCAAAAAUCAAAGCAGAAUUGCCUGGGUUUAGAAGCAUUGUUGAAUAUAGGUAUAUUACUAUCAUAGUCCUACAGGCACGAUGUGUGAAUACUGUCCACUAAUGAUUAAGGACACUAGGUGUUUUUCAAAACUGCUUUGUUUGUUCUAGUUCUGUGUACACAUCUGCAUUUCAAGUUGAGACAGUGGUCUUGAUGCUGUAAUGGGUCAGGGCCAAAGUGAGGGUGCAGAGACUAUAAAAACUUGUAAAAACCUAAUGG